UAUCAUAAGGAACCCCUGGGACGCUGAAUAAAAUGUGCAAAUGUUUGUACUUUAUAGUGUUGUAGAUGGGUGUUUAUUGUCAUGUUGUAAGUUCGUCUUUAUUGUUAUUACUUAUUUAUUGGAGUACUUCUCAUUUCAAGUGCGUGUUCGAUGUGUGUGUGCGUGUGUAGGUGACUCAGGAAUCAUUCAGGCAUGUUCCCGCAGCUGCUCUACUGCAAUGGCGAUGGCGGCGCAUUGAAGAGCGGAGUUGGGCGAGUUUCCCUUUGUUUUACAGAGAAUUAAAAGGAAACAUUUAGUCAUGCACAGCGAGCCAGCGCUGAAUCCGGCGUGAAGAAGGGAGUAGCUCUUGCAUUUGAACAUUUUACCUCAGGUGGUCGGAGCUGUCGGGCUGUAAAAGCAAACAGCAGCAUACAUGCAACCGCCCCGAAUACUUACAUCUGCAUGCGAUAAGCGAGCAGCACGCGCACAUCCACCGACCAGCUGAUCUGAGCCACAACAAACCCUCUGACCGGUGCGGACCUGGAUCUACCUGAGCCCACGGGAACAUUAUGGCAGAACGCAAUUCCACCGGAUUACUCAUGAUGAUGUUGGAGCCGUCACCGGCGAUCGCGAUGACUCUCCCGGCGGAGGUGCGCGAGAAGCUGGCGGAGCUCGAGCUGGAGCUCUCCGAGGGCGACAUCACACAGAAAGGCUAUGAAAAGAAAAGAGGGAAAUUGUUGGCACCCUACAUACCACAGAUACAAGGUGUAGAUCCCUCUCUGCAGAUAGAGCACAGAAUCCAGACAUCACACGUGGUUCCUCCAGGCUCUAAACAGAACAAGUCCAGGGCGGCUGCCUCAAGGGAUGAGCGCUUCCGAUCAGACCUGCACACAGAAGCAGUACAAGCAGCCCUGGCAAAAUAUAAAGAGAGAAAGAUGCCGAUGCCCUCAAAGAGACGCUCUGUUCUAGUGCAGUCCUCAGUUGAAGCAUGCACUCCCCCAGACACCUCCUCCGCAUCAGAAGACGAGGGCUCACUGCGCCGGCAGGGACGGAUCGCCUCCUCGUCUCCUUAUCAGGCACACCCUAGCGUAGAGCACUGGUUUAACAGAGUCAUCCAGGGCUCGUCCACAUCAUCAUCUGCAUCCUCUACCUCUUCCCACCCUGGAGGGAGAACCCACCACACCACAAACACCACCUCCGCCUCAGCCACUACAGUACUGGCCGACCUCAUGGCACACACCCAGCUAGACAACCACAGCGCCCCCCCGGAUGUGACAGGCCUGUCGGAGCACUCGGUGCAUGCGGAGCGUCCACAGGUGGCAUCAGUGCGAGGGCUUCCACGUGGAUACACACAUACCAGCGUCAUGGAGACUGCUGAUGGCUCUGACAGGGGAGAUGGUGAGGCCACAGAGGGCGUUCCAGUCAACAGUCGAGUGUCAUCUAAGAUUCAGCAGCUCCUAAACACACUGAAAAGGCCAAAGAGACCCCCUUUACGAGAGUUCUUCGUAGAUGAUUUUGAAGAACUUUUGGAUGUCCAGCAUCCGGAUCCAAACCAGCCCAAGCCGGAGGGGGGUGAGAUGAGAGCCCUGGAUGGGGAGCCGCUGGGUGUGGUCACGAACUGGCCCCUGUCAUUACUGGCUUCCCUGCAGCGCUGGGGCACGACACAUCCCAAGAGCCCCUGCCUCACCUCACUGGACAAUGCUGGCAAACCCAUCUACACACUCACAUAUGGAAAGUUGUGGACUCGAAGUCAGAAACUGGCCUUCACGCUGCUGAAUAAACUGAGCACUAGGAAUGAACCACUACUGCGGCCUGGAGACAGAGUUGCACUUGUAUUCCCCAACAAUGAUCCUGUGAUGUUUAUGGUGGCAUUUUAUGGAUGCCUCCUGGCAGAACUGGUGCCCGUGCCCAUAGAGGUGCCACUCACUCGAAAGGAUGCAGGCAGUCAGCAGGUGGGCUUUCUGUUGGGCAGCUGUGGGGUCACUCUCGCCCUGACCACUGACGCAUGUCAAAAGGGUUUGCCCAAAGCACAGACCGGAGAGGUCGUCACCUUUAAGGGUUGGCCACGAUUGUUGUGGUUUGUUACUGAUGGAAAGCAUGUUGUGAAGCCCCCCAAAGACUGGCAUCCUCAAAUAAGAGAUGCCAGCAAUGAAAUAGCAUACAUAGAGUAUAAGACGUGUAAGCAGGGCAGUACUAUGGGCAUCACCGUGUCUCACUCAGCUAUGUUGUCUCACUGUCAUGCGCUCACACAGGCCUGUGGCUACACAGAAGGUGAGAUCAUAACAAAUGUUCUGGACUUCAAACGAGAUGCUGGUCUGUGGCACGGGGUCCUUACGAGUGUGAUGAACCGAAUGCACGUGAUCAGCAUCCCGUACUCGCUGAUGAAGGUCAACCCGCUCUCCUGGAUCCAGAAAGUUCACACUUAUAAAGCGCGUGUAGCAGUGGUGAAGUCCAGGGACAUGCACUGGUCACUUUUAGCCCAGCGGGAUCAGAGAGACAUCAGUCUUAGCUCUCUCCGCAUGCUCAUCGUCGCUGAUGGAGCCAACCCAUGGUCUAUUUCCUCCUGCGACGCCUUCCUAAACGUAUUUCAGGCCCGUGGGCUUCGGCCAGAGGUGAUUUGCCCAUGUGCAAGUUCUUCUGAGGCCAUGACUGUCGCCAUCCGCAGGCCUCCAGAGAUGGGCGUUCCUCCUCCUGGUAAAGCAGUGCUGUCUAUGAGUGGUCUUAGUUAUGGAGUGAUCCGAGUGGACACAGAGGAGAAGCUCUCCGUCCUCACUGUCCAGGAUGUUGGGCAGGUCAUGCCUGGAUCCCUGGUGUGUGUAGUUCGGUUAGAAGGAAAACCGUAUCUGUGUCGAAUGGAUGAAGUUGGUGAAAUCUGCGUGAGCUCAAGCAGCACAGGCAUCUCCUACUAUGGCCUGCCAGGAAUGACCAAGAACGUCUUUGAGACCAUUCCAGUGACCGCAUCAGGAGCUCCUAUAAGUGACAGACCCUUCACACGCACAUCUCUGCUGGGCUUCAUUGGGCCGGAUAAUCUGGUGUUUGUGGUAGGGAAGAUGGAUGGACUGAUGGUGGUGAGUGGACGGAGACAUAACGCAGAUGACGUGGUGGCCACAGCACUGGCAGUGGAGCCCAUGAAGUUUGUCUACAGAGGAAGGAUUGCAGUGUUCUCAGUAUCUGUGCUGCAUGAUGAACGCAUUGUUGUGGUGGCAGAACAGAGGCCUGACGCAUCAGAGGAGGACAGCUUCCAGUGGAUGAGUCGCGUACUACAGGCUAUAGACAGCAUCCAUCAGGUAGGAGUAUACUGUUUGGCUCUGGUGCCUGCUAACACACUACCCAAAGCACCUCUGGGCGGCAUUCACAUCUCAGAGACCAAACAGCGCUUCCUGGAGGGAGCCCUGCACCCCUGCAACGUUCUCAUGUGCCCUCACACCUGCGUCACCAACCUGCCCAAACCUAGACAGAAGCAGCCGGGCACAGAUGUGGGGCCUGCUUCCAUGAUAGUUGGAAACCUGGUGGCAGGAAAGAGGAUUGCACAGGCCUGUGGAAGAGACGUAUCACAGCUGGAAGACAAUGAUCAGUUCCUGUAUAUGCAGGAUGUUUUGCAGUGGAGGGCUCAGGCCACUCCAGAUCACCCGCUGUUUCUGCUGCUCAACGCCAAGGGCACUGUGGCCAGCACUGCCUCCUGUGUACAGCUGCACAAGCGGGCGGAGCGUGUGGCCGUAGCGCUGAUGGAGAGGGGCCGACUCAACACUGGAGACCAUGUAGCACUUGUUUAUCCUCCUGGUAUUGACCUGAUUGCCACUUUCUAUGGCUGUCUGUAUGCCGGCUGUGUUCCCGUCACUGUCAGGCCUCCACACCCACAGAACUUAACCACCACCCUUCCAACUGUUAAAAUGAUUGUUGAGGUCAGUAAGUCUGUGUGUAUUCUGACAACACAAGCAAUAAUGAAACUUCUGAAAUCUAAAGAGGCAGCGGCAGCCGUGGAAAUAAAAUCGUGGCCGCUGAUCUUAGACACAGAUGAUCUCCCUAGAAAGAGAAUUCCUCAGAUCUACAAACCACCUACUCCAGAGAUGUUAGCCUACCUGGACUUCAGUGUUUCUACCACAGGGAUACUUGCUGGGGUCAAGAUGUCCCAUGCUGCCACCAGUGCCUUGUGUCGCUCUAUUAAGCUACAGUGUGAGCUGUACCCCUCUCGACAGAUCGCCAUCUGUCUGGACCCCUACUGUGGCCUAGGCUUUGCCCUCUGGUGUCUCUGCAGUGUAUACUCAGGCCAUCAGUCUAUACUGGUUCCUCCUCUGGAGCUGGAGAGCAAUGCAUCUGUUUGGCUGUCUGCUGUCAGUCAGUAUAAAGUUCGAGUGACGUUCUGCUCAUACUCUGUCAUGGAGAUGUGUACCAAAGCCCUGGGCUCACAGACCGAAGCUCUGCGGUUAAGGAAUGUUAAUCUGUCGUGUGUACGGACCUGCAUGGUGGUGGCAGAGGAGCGUCCCCGCACCACACUCACUCAGUCCUUCUCUAAGAUCUUCAAAGACCUGGGCCUCUCCACACGUGCCGUCAGCACCACCUUUGGCUGCAGGGUCAAUGUGGCCAUUUGUCUUCAGGGCACCGCUGGGCCAGACCCCACCACAGUGUAUCUAGACAUGAGAGCCCUUCGCCAUGACAGGGUUCGGUUAGUUGAGAGAGGCUCACCACACAGUCUGCCACUGAUGGAAUCUGGGAAGAUUCUGCCUGGAGUGAAGGUUAUUAUUGCCAACACAGAAACCAAAGGACCAUUGGGAGAUUCUCACCUGGGAGAAAUCUGGGUGAGCAGCCCCCAUAAUGCCACAGGAUAUUAUACUGUUUAUGGGGAGGAGGCAUUACACGCUGACCACUUCAGCACCAGAUUGAGCUUCGGUGACACACAGACAGUGUGGGCUCGUACUGGAUAUCUUGGCUUCUUACGUCGCACAGAACUUACAGACGCCAGUGGAGAGCGCCAUGAUGCAUUGUAUGUGGUUGGAUCUCUUGAUGAGACUCUAGAGCUGCGGGGAAUGCGUUAUCAUCCCAUUGAUAUUGAAACGUCUGUGAUAAGGUCACACAAGAGCAUUGCAGAGUGUGCUGUGUUCACAUGGACUAAUCUAUUGGUGGUAGUCGUGGAACUCGAGGGCUCAGAACAGGAAGCUCUGGAUCUUGUGGCACUGGUGACUAAUGUGGUGCUGGAAGAGCACUAUCUUAUAGUGGGGGUUGUUGUGGUGGUCGACCCUGGAGUCAUUCCCAUCAACUCCAGAGGUGAAAAGCAGCGCAUGCACUUGCGGGAUGGCUUCCUCGCCGACCAACUGGAUCCGAUAUACGUGGCCUACAACAUGUGAGAAUGUCUAACAUGGAGGAACAGAAGCAGAUGCCAGAAAAAUCUGCAUAUGCAAACAUGUAAAUUUACAUCAGGGGAGGGAAGAAGAGUUACAGUGAAAGUCUGGAUGGACAGCCUUGCCUCUUCACUUUCUCUUCCACAAACAUGAAGAGUCCUUGGUGGAGCUAUGCAGUUUAUUUUUUUAUAUCAAUCUGUCAGAAUGCCUUGAACAUAAAAGUUUAACUCCAGUGUGUCAGGGCAAAAGACUGCAAAGACGAUUUCAUCUCCUGAUUUCUUGUGUGACACAACUAUGAGUUUUUAUCCAAGCACACUUGUUCUGCACAUACAACACAAACUGGUGUUGAAUGUUCCUUGUGUGUUAUGAGGACUGGCCCAGUUGGGCAAAGGAGUGCCUGAUGUCAGAAGCAGGAUGCAGAGUCUGGGAGCAGUGUGCAGACCUUCACUUUUUAUUACAACGGUGUUUCAAAAUUUGUAAUGCAUUUCAUUUCAUUGCAUUAUUAUCGCCAACAAUGUAGCUGUAAAAAUAAAAACACACACAAACCAAGAGCUCUGAUUGGUUUGUGCUCUUUUUACAUGAACACACUUAAAGGUGAAGUAUGUAAUUUCUGUGCGACUAGCAUCAUCAAAAUAAUUGCCAUUGGUCGGGCCUGUCCUUCUCAUAGUUCAGUCAAACAGAUAAUCCUAGCAAAAACUCAUGCCAUUGGUUGAGCUAAUGUUGCUGCGUUGGGUUGGUUGGCAUACUCAAAUUAACAGAGCAAUUGUUUGGAGCAACAGUGUUUACUCUUUUUCAGGGCAGUCAACCUACAAAUAUACUGCCGUACAGUCUGAGCUAAACCUGUCUCUCACAGAACAGAGACCCGAUUUCGGUCAAAUAAACCGUGACCUAUAUAGAUAGUUUAACAGAAAUCUCAUACAUUUUUGUUUCAUAAAACGGCUAUUGUCAGGGACAUAAUUUAAUAUUUCACUAUAUUUUCAGAGUUUGGACAUGAACUUUACCACCUACUGGUAGAAGCUCCAAACUGCAAAUGUAGGAAUUGAAUUUAGACUUUGUGCUAAGAUAAGAUGUGAUUUUGAAACAUCUUAGUGCAAUGACCUAUUUCUCAGGAAAAUAGCAAAUUGCGCUUUGCGCCGCUUCAUUAGCAUACAAUACACCCACAGUUUGUGUGCAUACAACCACAGUUAGCGCAAACGUUCCCACCCACACCCACUUGUGCUUUGCGGUGGCACGAAAAUUGCACUUAGAAUCAGUGCUCUCAAGAAAAUUGGAUAAGACAUAGCAGCGGUCCUAGCGAGUAGCGCUGCGCUUUGCGCGAUUAUGAAAAUAGAGCCCACUGUGCUUUACCUUUGCAGGGCAGUAUAGUUGUCUUUGCAUAGUAAACUGGCAUACAUUUUUUUUUUAACAUCAAACAGUUACAAACUUCACCUUUAAAAAUGUAUUAAAUCUUUGAUACAUAUUUUAUUCAAAGACCAAAAGGCAAUAAGGGGGUUGGAUAUCUUUUUUUUUUUUUUUUUUUCUGAGAAAGCAGUACUGAAAGUGUGCUGUGGAUAUGCUGCUCCACAAAUUCACAAGCUUAUGCAUUCCCUGCUAGUGUUUUAACAUGGGCCUUAAGUGUUUCAAAUGCAUGUGGACCAUUUGUUAUUUUAAUACUGUUUUCCAUUCUUUAUUAUGAUGUUUCUUUCAUUUGUGAGCUAGACUGUGCAGGACAAGAAUCAGGGUAAUAAUGAUGAGUAGAUGAAAAGUCUUCUUCAGGUAACCAAGUCCCAAUCUGAGAAAUAUUUCUGUUCAGAUUCACUUUAUAACAGUUCUUGUCACUUCAGGCCUGAGCUAUUUUUUAUUUUUUUUAUUUUUUUUUAAGAGUAUGACAUAACAUUCACGGCUAGAGUUUAUGUUCCUGCUUCAGAUGAAUGUAAGAAGGUGACAUUUUAGUCUCCUACAUAUUAUUAUUAUUAUUAUUGAUAAGUAGCCAUUUCUCUUAAUGCAUAAUUCAUUACAAAAGACCAAACAGAUUGGACAUCUAUUUCAGGAAAAAAUGACCACUGCAGGUGAGGGCUUUUAAUGCUUCUUUUCAUUACUGUGUUAAAGCGUGGGAAAAAUUGCUUGUAUUUGUUCAGACACACUGUACACUGCGCUGGCCAGCACUGUAAAGACCACUUCUAACAAUACUUGCUUUGUUUUAUUGUGUUCAUUGCUUAAAGGACAGGCAGCAAGACUGCUGUAAUUAUGUACAGAAUUUGUGAAAUAACUUAUUACUGGGAUACCAGAAACCCAUGAACACUUUUCGCAUUGUUUUUGCAGCGUGGAGGAAACCAGACACUGCUCAAAUCAAAGCUUCAUUUCUUGACCAAACAGUAAGGAAAGCAACAUUAGCCCACAUUCAUGUGAGACUGGUUUUGCUGCAAGGAUUGUAAAGCACAUACAGCAUCUGUAUCACAGAAUGAUUGUGUGACUGUUAGUGUUCAUUUUUUGCAGUUCUGUUAUUUAGUGAAUAUUUGGUUGACACAGCUUUUGACUUAUGUUAAUAUUUCUUAAUAAAAAAACAUGCUUUUAACUGA